CUCCUUGCCCAGCCAUGGGUCCCCAUCUGCUGCUGUCCUUGCUGCUCCAGGGCCUAGCAGGUCAGAGCUUGGCGGGCAGCCCCCCUGAGAUGCUGCGGGCCCCCGUGGGGAGCUCCAUUCUGGUGCAGUGCCACUACCGGCCCCAGGACGUCAAGGCUCACAAGGUGUGGUGCCGGUUCUCGCCCGAGGGGUGCCAGCCCUUGGUGUCCUCAGUGGUGGACCGUGGCGCCCCGGGGGGCAGGCGUGUGUUUCUCACCGACCUCGGGGACGGCCUGCUCCAGGUGGAGAUGGUUUCCCUGCGGAAGGAGGAUGCUGGGGAGUACUGGUGCAUGGUGGAGGGAGCCGCCGGGCCCCAGACAGUGCACAGAGUUGCUCUAGAAGUAAUUCCUGCAGCCCCAGCCCUAGAGGAGGCGGAGGAGGAGACCUGGAGGGUUGGCAGUGCGGCUGAGGGCUCUUCUGCAGACCCCGUGGGCAGUGCCAGCCCCUCGGGGCCCGGCCAGCAUGAGAAGAGCAUCCUCUUGAUCUGGGGUGCUGUGGUCCUGCUGGGGCUGCUGCUGGCGGUGCUGGUGCUGUUUGCUGUGAUGGCCAAAAGGAGAGGGAGCAGCCUUGGAGUCUGUGGCCGAUUCCAGAGCAGCAGAGUCCCCGGCAUGGUGCCCUCCGCAGAGGCCCACUACAUCCGUGACUCUGGCCUGGCUGUAGAUUUGCCAUCAGAUGUGCCGUAUGUGAGGCUUGACUCGCCACCUUCCUUCGACAACACCACCUACAGCAGCCUACCUCUUGGUCCCCCGUCAGGGACACCAGCCCCGACCUCAUCCUCGUUGCCCCCUCUGCCUCCAAAGGUCCCAGUCUGCUCCAAGUCUGUGAUAUAUGACACGGUCAUCUUCCCUGGAGGGGCCAGUGGUGGAGGAGCCACCUGUGAGCCAGUCCAGGAUCUGCCAAGUAGCCAGACUCCGCCCAGCUAAGUCGCUCACCAAACCGCACGGCCCAGGGACCAUCUCCAGGGCCCUGGGCCUCAGCCAGUCAGCUCGGGCUCUGGAGCCUGAGGUUAUCAGGGCAACUAGACUUUAGGAUCUAGCUAAUGCAUUGACUUUUCUGACCUGGAAAUGUGACACUUGGGUGUGAUUG